GCGCGCGCCACCACCUCUUCCCCAUCCCACGGCUCCCAUGCCCACCACCUGUUCGACUACCUGACACAAGCCUGCCAUGCCGCCCGCCCUCACAUCUAACCCCCCCUCCUUCCGCCGACCCCUCUCCUCCCACCUCCGCCGCCGCAGCCCCGCCGUCCUUUGCCGCGUCAGCGCCGGCAAGCCCGGGACGGAUGAGGAAGCCAAGAAGAGGCCCUUCUUUGUCGACUUUGGCGGCAAGUUUACGGACGCCAAGUCACUGAUGCCAGUCUUCCCAUCGCCGGCUGCUGGGUCACUGUUUGCGGGUCGGAGGGGAAGGAAGGACUUGCAGACUGUGUUCGUUGCCGGCGCAACGGGUCAGGCGGGUGUCCGCAUUGUGCAAACCCUUCUGCGGCAAGGAUUCGCUGUGCGCGCUGGUGUUCCCAACCUUGCGUCGGCGCAGGAGUUGGCACGGCUUGCCACUGAGUACAGGAUUAUAUCUCCCGAGGACGCACGCCGGCUCAACGCGGUGGAAUCGGAUUUCGAUGACAGUGAGGCAAUCGCCAAGUCCAUUGGCCCAGCAGCCAAGGUGGUGAUCACCAUUGGCCCAGCUGAGAAGGGACCUGGAGGUGGAGUGGUCACUACGGACGAUGCACUCCGUGUAGUGCAGGCUGCAGACCUUGCUGGCGUGGCACAUGUUGUGGUGGUCUACGAUGAGGGGGCCGGUGGUCUAAGUGGGGCAUCGACGAAUAACGUGCUCAAUGGAUUUACGACUUUUUUCUCGAACCUCUUCUCCCGCGUGCAGACGCUGUCAUUUACUGAAUUCUUGGCCAAGGUGGUGCAAACCGAUGUCAAAUAUACGCUAAUCAAGGCAUCACUUACCGAUGACUACAGCCCUGAGAGCUCAUAUGGCUUAGUCCUGGCAAAAGAGGGUUCGUCUAGCACGACUGCUUCAACGGCAGACACCGGGAAGGUGUCCAAGGUGCAGAUUGCAUCUCUUGUCGCUGAUGUUUUCUCUAACGUGGAGAUUGCACAGAACAAGGUUGUGGAAGUUUCUACUAGCUCGUCAGGAACAUCCAAGCCCACAGUGGAGUCAUUGACUGCUAUCCCUGAGGACAGUAGAAGAAAGGAGUACGAAGAAGCUGUUGCGAAGGCACAGGUAGAAGAGGAAGCCCUGGCCUUGAAGGGGGCUGGGGAUGAAGAAGAGCUCACCAGUAAGCUCAAAGCCGAAGGGAAGACCUCAGAAGAGGCAGCUGGAAGUACGGUGAAUGAGGCGCAAGCAUCACUGGAGAAUCUUCUGAGCAGAGCCAAAGGGAUCAGCACGGACUUCUCCUGGGAGAAGUUCAGCACACAGCUCGCAGCUGCACGGAACUCGGAUGAAGAGGAACCAAAAACCCUGCUUGCCACUACGAGAGGGCAGGCCAAGGCAAAGAAGCUGGCACCACAAAGGGCCGUCGUGAAGCCGGUGGGGCAGAAGGUGAAGCAGGCAUCGAAGCAGCCGCUUCCCAAGAAGGAAGUGAGGCCUGUCUUUGGGGGACUCUUCAAGCAAGAGACGAUCUUUGUGGACGAGGACUGAUUAUCGCAGGAAAGCCUUUUUUUCUCUGUUAUUUUUGUGAAAGCCUGGAUGUAUACUGUUGAAAGGUUAAAAGAGUAACAAUCGGAUACAACUGUCUGUAGUAGAGACCGAUCAUGCAUUCGUUUCGUUGGCACAUGUGAGUAGUAUGGCUUAUCAUGUAUGUGAUGUGUGUGAUAUGCGUGUGUUUAAAUUCACAUGACCUGCGUGUAACGAGUUUAAGUUAGCCAUGCCAUGCUGGAGCCAAGGUGCUACCAUCGUGAUGUAUAAUGAUCAGCGUGUUGACACGUGAUGUUAA